UAACCUUUCCAGGGACAGCUUCCAGACAGUGUUCUGUGCAGGAGAGGUGGGGAGGAUGGGUUCUUCUCUGAAAGUUGCAGCAGUGUAAGAAGUACGCUGGAAGAAGUGGGUUGCCCGUCUGUCUUUUGGGGGCCCCAGUUUAGAAGCCAUCUGCAGGCCCCCCGCACCAGUCACUACCCCACAGUCAGACUGUCACUCAGCCCAGGUCGCCCCACAUCCUGCCACCUGGGCUCUCAGGAAAGCAGUGGUAUUAAGUAAGGAAGGAGCUCAGCUCAUUUUGAGACCACUUUGUUUUCAGUUCUCCCUGCCUCUGAUCUUCCUUGGAAAGCUGGUCUGGUCAAGUGUCUCUGGGCAGCAUUUGGGAGAAUUGUUAUUAAUUGAUUAAAGAGCCUGCUGGACUGCAACUCUAAAUGCCCCUGAUUAUUGAGCAGCACAGUUAGUGCACCAUUCUUACUGUCUAAGGUGCUUCUUUAGGUUUUGCAGUUCUUUCUGCAAUGUUUGAAUUUUUUGACAGGUACUUUCCAAAAAUCUGAUGAGAUGUUUGCUGAUAAAUAAUUCAUAAAUUUCCACACUGCAGACAAAAAUGUCUGCCUAGAGUGGAAAAAUAAAACCAGGGGGAGAAGACUUUGAGCAAUAAUAAGUUCUGUAGAAUCUCAUUGCCUGUAGUGACAAAAAUUGGGAAAUUAUCUUCAAAUAAGUCCAAGUGAGGUCACACAAAUGUUAAAAAAAAAAAAGGGUAAUGUUGUAUUCCUUUGACCUAUAAGGAUAUUACAAUCAUAUGACAGAUACUUGUAUUUAUGUGUCUUGCGACAGUUGACAGCUCUCGCUAUUUUAGAUGUUGGCUGAAGGAUCUUUAGGUUCAGAAAAGCAAAAUCGAAGAGUCAGAAAAGCACAAAGAGGCAAUACCUAGCUUGUUUAAAAUCUUACUACUUACUGCUUGCCUGUUUCCAUGGAGAGUAGCAGGCACUGUAGCCACAGGUGUGGUGGCAUCGGACAAGCAAGAGGCAAAUAUUGGAAGACUUAGACGCUAGGCAAGGCUCUGCACUGGGUAGCUGUAGGACCUUGAGCAGCGGGUCCCUCUGCUUCUGUACCUUAGCUGCAGACUAAGGUAGUUGUAUGAUUUCAAAGAGGGGAAUAAGGUCGUAUUUGAUUUUUGGCCCUUGCAUCAAGCGCAGUGCUGCCUUCAGUAGGUACUCACGUAGGAUUUGUUAAAUGUAUGGAUGAAUGAAUGACAUUGUGAAAGAAACUUUUGACAUGCUGCAAGGAGAAUGUGUGUGUGGUAUUUUUGUCCCUUGAUUGCACCCUGCAAUUAUUCUGCCCAGCUCACGUGCAGGGGAUUGCUUACAUGAAAGGAGAGGUCACCAUCUGACCAAGAGAUUGACUCGUCCCAGGCUCCACUUGACAAUCAGAUGAAAAAUCCUGAUCCAAAAAUACCAUCAGAAAACUCCUCAGAAGCAGCCCCUGCCUAGUCCAACGUCUCUUCUUUGAGCGAGCCAUAAGGAUUUAGAAUACCUUGUCAAUAGCUAUGAGGAGCUUGGACCCUUUCAGGAGUGGCCUCCUGAAAACCUACCUAAAAUCUUCUUUUCCCUCUUGUAUGGGUUUAAUGUCUUUCUCAACUGGAGGCUUGUCCUUGCAAAUAGUUUGGGGUUGAGAAUGGGAUGAAUUGCUGCCAGGAAACUUCCUAGGAAAUAUCUUCGUGCUUUGAAGUCAAUUUCUUCAUCUUUUUGGAAAUUAGCAUGUGUAGGAAGGCACCCUGGCCCUCCCCCCAAGCGCUCCACUGGCAAGAUCCAAGUUUCAUGGAUUCAUGUCAUUCCACUCUUUUGCCAUGGGUCGUAGAUGCUGGUCUUUGCCCCUGUUCCCCUUUCACUUGUCUUGUGUGGCCCCCUGGCUGAAAGUUAUUUCCUUGUCUGCCUCUAAACUUUUCAUCUCUUCCCACUAGUUUGAAGAUUUUAGGGUAAAGGAGACAGUGGUAAGUGUAUCUUGAGUGUUGGUUCCUGAAGGACGAGGAUGAAAUUUGGUUGGCCAUCAAAUCAAAAUAAUUGAGCUCCUGUCUGCUUUUGGGAGUGCAGAAUGUAUUUAUUCGAUUAUUGCGCUGGGUCUCUUUAUUAGUCCGGGGUCAUAAAAAUUAGUGGAAAGGCUCUGAAAGACCUCCGACCAUUCUUAAAAAUGGCCGUGCAGCUUGCUGAGAAUAGGCUUUUUCAUUGAUUAUAAAACACUCUGUUUUAAUUCUUCAUAGAUGUUUUUCUUUGGGGCUAAAAAGGAAAUAUUAGCAGCAGCCUAAGUGACAGCAUACAAUGCAGGAUUUUUUACGAACUGUUUACUGUCCUUCCAGUAGAGGGAGGGAAUGUUUACAAGAGAGAAAUCAAGACUUUGUCCAAGAGCAAAGAUUGCUUGGUGGUGGUCUUAGGGGAGAAGCUACAAACUUGUCAGGGCUACGGUGUGCCAGUAACUGGCAUUCGGGACUCCUAAAAUCCAGGGGCUGCCUAGGAGUGGCAUCUGAAUGAAAUGGGAGCUUAAGUCGAUUAGGAGGCACAGUACCCAUCACUGACAGACAGGCUUGGCUCCCUGACAAACAUGGGUUAUUCCCCUCCUCCUCAGUACCCACUCCCCGCCUUCCUUCUCUUGUUUAGACUAAUCUUUAAAAGUGAUGUAACUUAAAACAGUCCAGUGUGAGUUAAUCUUUGGGGCCAGCUAGUAUCUUGGAGUGGAGGUGACUAAGAUCUUUGCCUACAAGAUUAGGGUGUUGUGGAGCACAAUGGCUGAACAACUCCUUCCCCUGGCUUUGUAUUUGAGCAAUAUGCGGAAAGCUGUGAAGAUAAGAGAGAGAACGCCAGAAGAUAUUUUUAAACCUACCAAUGGGAUAAUUCAUCAUUUUAAAACCAUGCACCGAUAUACCCUGGAAAUGUUCAGAACUUGCCAGUUUUGUCCACAGUUUCGAGAGAUCAUCCACAAAGCUCUCAUCGACAGAAACACCCAGGCCUCCCUGGAAAGCCAGAGGAAGCUCAACUGGUGUCGAGAAGUCCGGAAGCUUGUGGCUCUAAAAACCAAUGGGGAUGGGAACUGCCUGAUGCAUGCUGUUUCUCAGUACAUGUGGGGUGUUCAGGACACAGACUUGGUCCUGAGGAAGGCACUCUUCAGCGCUCUCAAGGAAACUGACACGCGCAACUUCAAAUUCCGCUGGCAACUGGAGUCUCUUAAAUCUCAGGAAUUUGUGGAAACGGGGCUCUGCUAUGACACUCGGAACUGGAAUGAUGAAUGGGACAACCUUAUCAAAAUGGCAUCCACAGAUACUCCAGGGGCCCGAGUUGGAUUUCAGUAUCACUCACUGGAAGAAAUACACAUAUUUGUCCUGUGUAACAUUCUCAGGAGGCCAGUCAUUGUCAUUUCAGACAAAAUGCUGAGGAGUUUGGAAUCCGGUUCAAAUUUUGCUCCUGUGAAGGUGGGCGGAAUUUACUUGCCUCUCCAUUGGCCUGCUAAGGAAUGCUACAGAUACCCCAUCGUUCUUGGCUACGACAGCCAACACUUUGUACCCCUGGUGACCCUCAAGGACAGCGGGCCUGAAAUCAGAGCCGUUCCACUUGUUAACAGAGACCGAGGACGAUUCGAAGACUUAAAAGUCCACUUCUUGACAGAUCCUGAAAAUGAGAUGAAGGAAAAGCUAUUAAAAGAGUACUUGAUGGUGAUAGAAAUCCCCGUCCAAGGCUGGGAUGUUGGCACCACGCAUUUGAUUAAUGCUGCAAAGUUGGAUGAAGCUAAUUUACCAAAAGAAAUAAAUCUGGUAGAUGAUUACUUUGAACUCGUUCAGCAUGAGUACAAGAAGUGGCAGGAGAACAACCAGCAGGGACGGAGAGAGGCGCACGCUCCAAAUCCUCUAGAACCUUCCGUGCCCCAGCUUUCUCUCAUGGACGUAAAAUGUGAAACGCCUAACUGUCCUUUCUUCAUGUCCGUGAAUACCCAGCCUUUAUGCCACGAAUGCUCCGAGAGGUGGCAAAAAAAUAAAAAUAAACCCCCAAAGCUGAACUCUAAGCCUGGCCCUGAGGUGCUCCCUGGUAUGGCUCUCGGGGCCCCCAGGGGUGAGGCCUGUGAACCCUUGGUUUGGAUCCCUGAGGAGCCAGCUGGGGGGCCUCACUCAGCCCCACCAACUGCGCCCAGCCUUUUCCUAUUCAGCGAGACCACUGCUAUGAAGUGCAGGACCCCCGGCUGCCCGUUCACACUGAAUGUGCAGCACAAUGGAUUUUGUGAGCGUUGCCACAAUGCCCGGCAACUUAACACCAGCCGUAAUGUGGACUCCACGAGGCAUUUAGAUCCUGGUAAGUGCAGAGCUUGCCUCCAGGAUGCCACGAGGACGUUUAAUGGAAUCUGCAGUACUUGCUUCAAAAGGACUACGACAGAGACCUCCUCUAGCCUCGGCCCUACUGUCCCUUCUUCCUGUCACCAGCGGUCCAAGUCAGAUCCUUCCCAGCUCAUCCAGAGUCUCUCCCCACAUUCUUGCCACAGAGCUGGAAGCGAGGCCCAGGCAGGUUGCCUCUCCCAGGCUGCACGGACUCCUGAGGACAGAACAGGCACAAGCAAGUGCAGAAAAGCUGGCUGCAUGUAUUUUGGGACUCCCGAAAACAAAGGCUUCUGCACACUGUGUUUCAUCGAGUACAAAGAAAACAAAUACUUUGUUGCCGCCUUGGGGAAAGCCAAUUCCACAGCCCCCAGGUUCCAGAAUGCAGUUCCCUGCCUGGGGAGAGAAUGUGGCACCCUCGGAAGCACCAUGUUCGAAGGAUACUGCCAGAAGUGUUUCAUUGAAGCUCAGAAUCAGAGAUUUCAUGAAGCAAAAAGGACUGAAGAGCAACUGAGGUCGAGCCAGCGCCGAGACGUGCUACGUACCACCCAGAGCUCAUCUAGGCCCAAGUGCGCCCGGGCCUCCUGCAAGAACAUUCUGGCCUGCCGCAGUGAGGAACUCUGCAUGGAGUGCCAGCGUCGCAGCCAGCGAACGGUCCCAGCACCCCACCGUGGGGAGCCCGCUCCUGACGAGUCCCCCAAGCAGCGCUGCCGGGCCCCUGCCUGUGAGCACUUCGGCAAUGCCAAGUGCAGUGGCUAUUGCAAUGAGUGCUUUCAGUUCAAGCAGAUGUACGGCUAAGCAGACAUAGGUGGGCCAGCCCCAGCCAAGAAGGGCCGAGAGCCGUUCACCAACAAGGUGCUAUACUCUAAACACUCUGAUGCCACUGGAGGGUCAGUCCCAGCCAUAGUGGGCUCGAGGAUGCCUUUGAGCAGGGACAGGAAAGUUAAGCUUUGCGGUCAUGAUGAUUGGGUUUGGUAACCUGGCAAAAUCCCCAUCUUGCCGUAAAGUUGGGAGGGUGUCAAGAGUCAGCCCAGGACUGCUGCUCCUCUUCUACCAACCGGAAGGCCGGGAGCCUUUAUGGACUUGGAACAUGUGCCAGGACUGGCCGUCGCCCUGCAUCCUGCCCACCAGUACUGCAGUGUCAUCUCGAGAAAGGGAGAAGACACACAGGUCAGGAAAGAGAGCUGAGUCCUCAGGGCACCAAGGCCCUCCAUGAGAAGCUCAAGGAAGCUCAGGGAAAAUGGACGUACUCAGAGAAUGUCAGUGGUUAAUGAUUUUCCCCUGUCUGCCUGGUUCCUUUCCUCUGGACAUGGCAAAAGCAGACUGUCCACGGACUGUGAUUCUGAGGCUGCUGAGACUGAAUAAGUUCACACUGAAGCAAACAACAAGCUGCUCUUACAAUACACACCUUCUAAAGAUCAGAAUAUUUUGACUGGCCGAUGUGUACCUCUUUUGGUUAUUGCUGCCUUCAUUCUAAAGAGGUUAGCUUGACCUGAGGUGUGUGUAGACGUGUGUACAAAUAUAUAAUAUGCCCUUAUGUAUGAGGGGAUUUUUUUUUUUAUUAUGUUGAAAUGCUGCCUUAUCAAAAAUAUUUUAAUAUUUUGUGUGUGUCAAUAUUUUCAUUCUUAAUGUGAAAAAGUGGAAUUAUUUAUACUUAUUAUAGAAAAUAUUUGAAAUUUGCACAUUUAGUUGUUCCUAAUAAAAUACCUUUUACUCUU